AUGGAAGAUUCUGACCUGUCUAUAACCAAUAUAAGAGAUUUUCUUACCGAGCUCCCCAAACUCGCGAAAUGCGAAUAUAGCGAAACCACUAGUUAUUUACUAUGGAAAACCUUAAAUCUACGCCUUAAGCAUAGUGAUAACGAUAUAAACUGGCGCUCUCUCGUUUCAAUACUCAAUUCUGAAGCCUGGGAAAACGAAAAGUACAGAGACAUACUAAAUGGAAGAAAGUGGAGGACCCUGGAGUUCGAGAAUGACCACCACUCUGUGGGUAAUAUGCAUAUUGGAACAGCGUGUACGCGUUUAUGCUUCCCCUCUGAGACAAUUUAUUACUGUUUUACGUGCUCCACAAAUCCAUUGUAUGAAAUAUGUGAGCUUUGUUUCGAUAAAGAAAAACAUGUAAAUCAUUCUUAUGUUGCUAAAGUGGUAAUGCGCCCAGAAGGCAGAAUAUGCCAUUGUGGUGACCCCUUUGCCUUUAAUGACCCAAGCGACGCGUUCAAGUGCAAGAACGAAUUAAAUAAUAUUCCUAUUUCUAACGACAAUAGUAACGUAACCGAUGAUGAAAACGUAAUCUCCCUAUUGAAUUAUGUUCUGGAUUUUUUAAUUGAUGUAACUGUUUCAUACAAAGAGGAGGCAGAAGCCCAUUCAAGCGAGAGAAAAGCAUCCUCCCUAAUGCAUCCUAAUCAAAACAGCAUUACUGAUGAUAUAAUGGAAAAACACGAAUGUGAACCAUUGGUCAAUGAUGAAAAUUUUGUUUUCUUUGAUAACAAUUGGUCCAAUACGAGAAAAGAAGCACAUAUGGAGUGGGCUAUUCAAAUCGAAGAAGAAGAGUGUAACGUACACUACAUGGAUUUAGCAUCUACAAUAACAAGAAUUUUGAAUACACCGGUUGAAUAUGCAAUCUCAAUAACGAAGGCUUUAGAAGAUUCACACGAUGUAGUGACUGUGCUACAAAGUGAGAAUUUUUUCGAAAUAGAUCAAAUAGCCAAGGAGUUUCAAAAGGAAAACAUAGUAGUUCAUGUAAGAAAAGCGGAUGAUAUAUUCAAGAGAAAGUUAACAGAUGAUUUAACAGAUUGGUUAUAUUCUCUGUGCUUUAAGGCGGCCACGUCUUUGCAAAAUAAAUAUGCUCUUAGAAUUUCCAUGCUAGAUGUUUGGUAUUCCCAUUUUUCUAAAAUGAGAGUAUCUCCCACAAAUACCAAUCCUGACUUUUCUAAGAUUAACUUAUUAGGUGGAUUCUUAAUAUCUAACGAAGAUAGUGAUGAAUCAUGGUUUAAACCUUGGUCAUUAGAGAACAUUGAAGACGAAAGAAUUUCAAAAAUACUCACUAAUUACAAUGAAAGGUUGAUCAGAGCCCAUUCGCCGAACACAGUAAGCCAUUUCUACAAUUUCUAUGGAUCUAGAUUCCAAUAUAUUAUCAUCAAUUCUAUUAAUAUCCUCUCAAAAAAAUCUAAAUUCAAAAUGUUAAAGAUCAUGGCGUCAUUAUUCUCGUUAAGGGAUGAAAGCAGAAAGUUUCUUGCCGCACAAUAUAUUGAUGUUUAUCUAUCGGUCUUGUAUGAUGCAGUUGCAUCAGAUGCUAAAGAAUGUCAGGUAACUCUUAUGAGUAUAUUAGGGCAAUACACUUUCCAAGACCCCAGCAUAGCAAAUAUGACUAUAAGCUCGGGAUUCAUUGAACGAACUAUUAGAUUUGCUUUUACUCUCAUGGCAUUCAAUCCAGAAGACUUGAUGUCAUAUUUGCCCAUCUCUUUAUACAAUGGCUUUAAGUUGCCCACCGAAACAAUACGAAAUCGAAGGACAAUUAUUUGCUUUAAAGACCUUUGUACGAUAAUGUCAGCGAACACUGUUCCGGAAGAACUACUUUCAAAUGAGGCAAUUUUUAACGCAAUAAUUGAGUCCUUCUCUGAAUUCAGUAACGUGCUGCCAUUGAAAAGGGAAACUAAAGAACACGUGGAGGUUGAAAACUUUGAUUUUUCUGCAUUUUAUUUUUUUUUCUCAUCAAUACUAAUAAUGACAGAUGGAUACACACGUAGUAUAUCUUUGGUCAAAGAUGCGGCUUUCCGUAAGCAAAUCGUCCUUAAACUACUUGAUGUUGCUCAAACCAGGGAAUUUGAAUCACUAACCAAUUCUAGAAAAGCUAUAUCACCUGAUAACGCAUCAACGAAUGAAAAUGAUUCGAACAAAGCGACUUUGUCUACAGUCAGAGAGACGAUAUGCAAUUAUGUCGCAGAGACUAUUAAUUUCCAGGUAGGUGUAAAUACACAGUAUUUUUUCAAUCCAAUGUCAUAUUUGUUCAAAUUUGUUAUUCAAUGGAGUCAAUGUGGUAGAUAUGAGCCAAUUCCUGCUUCUUUGACAAACUACAUUAAUCUCUUCGAAGUUUUUCAAGAUAAGCAGAAGGCUUUAUAUAUAUCAGAAUCUGCUUUGUCAACCCUAGUCCUAAUCGGGCAAAUAAACGUCGGUUUCUGGGUAAGAAACGGAACUCCAAUUACUCACCAGGCCCGGAUGUAUACAAAAUACAGUAUGCGAGAAUUUACUUAUAUUAGUGACAUUUUCAAUGUGCAAUUUAGUAUGGCAAUGUGCAAUCCUGAUGAACUGAUGGUUACUUACCUCUCAAGGUGGGGUUUGAAGCACUGGGCAAAUGGUGUACCUAUGUAUGAUUAUCCUGAUACAGAAACAACUGUAGCCGUUGUUAAUGAAUGCAUUCUGUUAUUGAUUCAAUUGCUUACUGAAGUGAGAUCAUUGGUCAUGAAAUCAUCAAAGGAAGGCUUCGAGAGAACGUUCAAAUCAGAAAUAAUUCAUGCCCUUUGCUUUGAUACAUGCUCUUACGCACAAAUUGUUAACUGUAUUCCAGAACAUAUCACCAAGCACCCUUCAUUUGAUAUAUAUCUCGAAAAAUACGCCAAUUACACUUCUCCUGUAAGCUUGACUGACAAUGGCAUUUUCGUGUUGAAAGAAAAGUAUAAAGAUGAGAUUGAUCCUUAUUAUAUAGGGUUGUCUUCCAGUAGGAGGUAUGAUGUAGAGAAAAAUAUCAGGCUGAAUAUGGCAAAUUUGAAGAAAAUGAAAUAUGAAGAUACUUUUGUACCAGCAAAAAAGGUUAAAGAUUUGUUGAAGAAUACAUUAUUUUCUGGGCUGUAUUCAAUAUCAUCAGUGAAUACUUUUGGUUUAUUUUUGAAAAAUACUUUAGAUCACAUUAUAAAAUAUGAUUAUGACAAUUUAUUGCCGAGAGUGGUUCAUUUGAUUCAUUUAUGCGUGGUUAAUAAUCUGAAUGAAUUUAUGGGGAUACUGUGGCAUGAAUACGCAAUUGUGGACACAGAAUUCUGUCAUUACCACAGCAUUGGUUCUAUCCUGUAUUACUGUUUGUUGAAGGAUAAUUUUUCGGAAUCUCAUGGUAAGAUUAGGGAAAUUUUCAGGUAUUUAAUGGAAACAGCGCCUCACGUAAAUGUAAACAGUUAUUUGAGGGAGCAAACCACGUCAUAUACACCAGGAAUAUUGUGGCCUACAAAGGAAGAUAAAAGCCACAAGGAUAAAGAAUUUGAAAGGAAAAAACAUCUUGCUCGAUUGAGAAAGAAAAAAUUAAUGAAGAAGUUGGCUCAACAGCAAAUGAAAUUCAUGGAAAACAAUAGUGUAGAUACUUCCGAUAUUAGUACACCCAGAACCACAUCACCUAGUUUAUCUCCCACUAGAAUAAAUGCAGAGAAUAGUAGUAACACAAUCAACAGUUGCUGCGAUGAUGAUUGCGUAUUUUGCAAGAUGCCGAAGGAUGACGAUGUAUUUGUUUAUUUUUCAUACCAAGAACGGAACAUAUGUGAUCAUGGAAUUGAUUUUACGAAUCCUACAGAUGUUAAUAGAAUAAAUUCGCUGUUCAGUGGUAAGCAAACAAAAGACAGUGCAAUCCAAGAAAACCCCCAGGAUGAUGAUGGAACGAGAUUGAAAUUUACUAGCUGUGAACCAGUAUUAAGAGCAUGCGGGCAUGGGUCUCAUACCAAAUGUUUAAGUGGCCAUAUGAAGUCGAUUCGCGGAAUACAAAACCAAACUACAAAAAAUAUUCCAUUAUCGUAUGGUUCAGGGUUGAUAUAUUGUCCCGUAUGCAAUUCCUUAAGUAAUUCAUUUCUACCAAAAACAAAUGAUAUAGAUAAGAGAACUUCGAGCCAGUUUUUUAUGUGUAUUGAAAAGCGAAGUGAAGCGGAAGAAAACCUUGACCCAAUGAGCUCUAUUUGUAUUAAAGCAGCGAUGAUUCUAGGUGAUCUUCAGGGUAAAAAAGUCACGACUAUCGAAGAUGCAUAUAAAGUUGUUAAUAGUGUUUUUAUUAAUACUAUUUCAAAUACUGAGCUCAGAUUAAGAUCGCACAAAAAGGAAGGAAAAAUAGUGAAUAUGGAAAGAAUAUCCAGUCAGUGCAUUUUAACCUUACAUUUAGUUUGUGAGCUAAAGUCGUUUAUUUACAAAAAAUUUGUUAAUUCAAAAACAUUCAGCAGCGAAAUCUCUCGUAAAAUAUGGAAUUGGAAUGAGUUUCUAAUAAAGGGUAAUAAUGUGAAUCUACUUUUGUAUAUGAGUCAAAAUUUUGAUAAUAUUGAUGGAGGAAAAACCCCGCAACCGCCUAACCUAUGUAUCUAUGAAAUGUUCAAAAGAAGGUUCCAUCAACUACUACUGUUGCUUGCAAGAGAUAUGAUGAGAGUAAACUUUUACAAAGACUGUCGAAAUAAAAUCAAAAUAUCAUCAAACGGAUCUGAGGAACCAUCGACAAGCUUUUCAUAUCUAUUCAAUACUUUUAAAAAGUAUGUUGAUCUCUUUAAACCAGACGACGUUCGGUUUGAUUUUACAAGUUUAGAGAAAAUUAAAGACUUUAUAUGCUCUCUAUUACUAGAGUCAUUGUCCAUUUUUUGUAGAAGAACCUUCUUAUUAUUCAACAUUCAGUAUGAUGAUGAUGGUGAUGGUGAUAAUAAUAAUAACCGCAGCAAUAAUUUCAUGGACGUCAAACAGCGUGAAAUAGAGCUUAUUUUCCGGUAUUUUAAAUUACCCAAUUUAACUCACUUUUUGAAGGAUUUUUUCUACAACGAACUAACACAAAAUAUAGAAAGGUAUAAUGAUGGUAAUGAUAAUUUGAGAAUUCAGCAAGUAAUAUAUGACAUGGUGCAGAACAUAAACACAAGAGCAUAUCCUUCACCAGAGCAUAUCCAGCUUAUCGAACUACCAUUGAACCUUUCCAAAUUUUCCCUUGAUAAUGAUGAAAUAUCGAAUAAAUGUGAUAAAUACGAAAUCGCAGUAUGCUUGUUGUGUGGCCAAAAAUGCCAUAUUCAAAAAAGCAUAGCACUGCAAGGUUAUUUACAGGGGGAAUGUACUGAUCAUAUGAGAAAUGGAUGCGAAAUCACCUCCGCUUACGGAGUUUUCUUAAUGACCGGCACAAAUGCGAUAUAUCUGUCAUACGGCAAAAGAGGUACAUUUUAUGCUGCACCUUAUCUAAGUAAAUACGGAGAGACCAACGAAGACUACAAAUUCGGUACUCCCGUCUAUUUGAAUCGGGCGAGAUACGCGAAUCUAGCGAAUGAGAUUGUUUUUGGCAACAUGAUUCCGCACAUAGUGUUCCGACUAACGGACGGCAGUGCAGAUCUUGGUGGGUGGGAGACUAUGUAG